AUGGGAGCACUCGGGUCUUUCUGGGAAGCUGUGCUCGACUUCUUGUUCAGCUUUCGUCCCAUACAGCAAUUCCUCGUGCUCUACAAGAAAAAUGCGCUCGUCGCGUGGCGCAACCGUCGUGCCACCAUUCUUCGCAUCCUGGCUCCGUUGCUGUUCCUGAUCCUCGCGCUGGUUAUUGACAAGGCCAUUCAGGCCAAUGACGGCAGCAGCUCGGCAUUCCAGGACGUGGCCAGCCCGCAACCUGAAGGAAUCGGCUCCAUUCCGCAGUGCUCGCAGGACCUGUACAUUGGCAGCAAGGCCGGCUGCGUGGAGGUCCUGUAUCAGCCCUCCCCGGACCCCAUUGUGGAUCUCAUCAUGCAAGGUGUCCAGGAGAAGAAUUCCAACCCGAUCAAGGUUCGAGGCUUUUCCAACCGCAGCGCCAUCCAGGACUACCUCUUUAAAAACCCGGACAGCGCACUCAGUGCCGUACAUUUUGAGAAGACCGGGUCUGCUCUCGAGGGUUUCAUUAUCCAAACCAAUACCACGAGUAAAUUCUUCAAGGGAAAGUUCCAGCAUCCGAACAAGUUCAUCCAGCUGCCGCUGCAGUUCGCCGUCCAUCGUGAGAUUGCCAGAUAUCAGCUUGGCAGCAGCGGGCUGCCUAAUGCCGGCACCCUGGCCACCUCCCUGGAGUUUGAGGCCAACCUGAAGGAGUUCGCCCACCCCGCCAUCGCCGCCGUGUCGGUGCUUGGUCAAGUGCUGGGUCCGUUUGUGUUCGCUGCCUGCAUGUUCAGCUUCGUCAUCCAGAUUGGGGUGGUGGUGGCGGAGAAGGAGCUCGGGCUGAAACAGGCCCUUCGCACCAUGGGCAUGUCGGACAGCGCUUACUGGCUAUCCUGGGGGGUGUGGGAGGUGACUCUGUCCUUCUUCGUGGCGCACUCGAUCUGCAUCUACGGCCUCAUCCUGCAGUUCGAUCUCUUCCUGCACAACAACUACGGACUGCUGUUCUUUUUGUUUUUCCUCUUUCAGCUGUCCAUGAGCUCGAUGGCGAUGAUGCUUUCGGCGUUUAUACGCAGGACGCAGGUGGCCGUUUACCUGGGCUUCACCAUCUUCAUCGUCGGCUGGAUCAUGCAGGCCGUUGUACUGUUUGGUGUGCCGUACAGUCCAGAUUAUUUUUGGACGGCCAAUCAGGCCAUUACCAUUAUUUUCUCAAUGCUGCCCUGGGACUUGCUCGCCAAGGGCUUCAGUGAUCUGGGCGCGGCCACUGUGGGUACCAAUCCAGGUCUUAAGUGGAGCGAGCGCUCGUCGUACUGCUCGUACAUUAAAAACGUAGAAGACCAGCCGUCGUACAAUCGCGCCACCACGUACAAGAGCUUUGACUGCGUCAUUUCGCUGAAUACCAUUUACGGCGUCUUUUUGGCGCUGUGGGCUGGCUACUUUUUGUUGGCCGUAUACUUUGACAACAUUAUGCCCAAUGAGUUUGGAGUAAGCAAGCCGUUCUACUACUUCCUGGAUCCCGGAUACUGGUUCCCCAGCUGCAGUAGGGCCCAGAACAAGCUGAAGCUUGUGCAGCAGAGUCUGAAUGGCGCUGCAGGGCAUCAUGGCGCCCGGGCGGGUGGGGGCCCCGUGCCGCCCCCGGUUUCGGAGCUCGAUGAGGACGUAUCUGCGGAGGAGCAGAAGAUGAAGGCGCUGCUGCAGCACCGCACAGGCGCCGGUCCAGGUGCCAUGGCGCUCCAGGAGGUUGGGACCGCGGGUGUCGACGGCCGUACGAAUGCCGUGGAGGUGUACGGCUUGACGAAGCUUUACAAGGGCAGUAUCGGCUUUUGCGGCAUGUCGCUCAAGUGCUGCUCCUGCUGUGACUGCUGCUCGUGUGAGAAGACGGACGACUUUUGGGCGAUGAAGGGCUCCUGGUUCAGCAUUCCGCAGGGCCAGCUGUUCUGCUUGCUGGGCCCCAACGGCGCCGGAAAGACCACCACCAUCAACUGCCUAACUGGCGCCAUUCCCCCUACUGGCGGUGAGGCGCUGGUGUACGAGGAGCCCAUCAGCAACCCGGGAGGACUGGACCGCAUCCGGGCGCAGAUGGGUGUCUGCCCCCAGUUCGACAUCCUAUGGAACGAACUCAACGGUCAGGAGCACCUCUCCAUAUACGCCCACAUCAAGGGUCUGCCGCGACGCAAGGUCGCUGAGAACGUUGCUGAGCUGCUUGAGAAGGUGAAGCUCACCUACGCCGCCGACCAGCGCGCCGGGGCGUACAGCGGUGGCAUGAAGCGGCGACUGAGCGUUGCUAUUGCGCUGCUAGGCGACCCAAGAAUUGUGUACCUGGACGAGCCUACCACUGGCAUGGACCCCAUCUCUCGUCGCUACGUGUGGGACAUCAUUCAGGAGGCCAAGACCGGUCGGGCCAUAGUGCUGACAACCCACUCCAUGGAGGAAGCCGACAUCCUUGGAGACCGCAUCGCCAUCAUGGCGCGAGGCAAGCUGAGAUGCAUCGGCACCAGUCUGCGGCUCAAGCAGCGCUUCGGGUCGGGAUACACGCUAUCGGUGAGUGUCACCGCCGCCACCGCCGGCGUGCGUCGAGGCAGCAACACGACAGUGGGCUCUGCGGCGGCGACGGCACCGACGCGCGAGCCUAGCGCUACGGCAGUGGUGGAGAGGCGGGCGGCGGUGGUUAAGCAGUUUUUCCAGGAGCGUCUGGGUCUGGCUCCCGUAGAUGAGUCCAAGGCCUACAUGCAUUUCCUGGUCGACCGGGAGAAGGAGCCCCUCCUUAACAGCUUCUUGGUUGAGCUGGAGGCCAACCGCGGAUCUCUCGGUAUCACGGAUGUGCAGCUGAGUCUCACAAGCUUGGAAGAGGUGUUCCUCAACAUCGCCCGCAAGGCGGAGAUGGAGGCAGCCACGGCGGCCGGCAAGUCGUCCGUGACGCAUGUGAUGGAUGACGGCAGCAAGCUGCAAAUCCCCAUUGGUGCGGAGUUGGUGGCGAACCCCGUCACCAAGGUCACGUACAAGGUCCGCUGGGGCACAGACGAGGCCGGCCGCCUGGUCAUCCUGGACGCAACCGCCGUGCCGCCGCCCACGUCGGCCAUGGUGCCACCCAGCACCGGGGCUGUACUGCCAUACGGUUCCGGCGGGUACGGCAUGCCGCCGCCGCCAGCAACGGGGGCGUUGGUGCCGGCAGGCGCAAUGCCGCUGGCUCAGCCGGUGCCGGCACCGUCGCUGGCUGCAGGGUUGCAUAACGGCAGUGCCCGGCUGGUGACGUCGGGCCCUCUGGCACCGGUGUCGGGUGCCAGCAUGGGCACGCCCACGUACCCGGGCUACAACCCAUCACCUAAUCAGUCCUCGAGCUGA